AUGAGGAUUGGCCGAACCGCCCAGGCUGGACUAGGCCGCCUCACGGGAUGGAUAUGUACGACAUGUCGAGCACGCCAGACCCAAGAUCGGGCGACGUACACGUAUAAUGCUCCAACCACGGCUGCAAGCGUUGGACGCAUCCAUACGCGCACCUAUUCCUCAAGCCCUCCUCUGAAACGCGGGAAACUACCAGACACUCCCGCCCGGACCAGAUUCGCGCCGUCGCCUACCGGAAACCUCCAUCUCGGUUCCAUCCGUACAGCACUCUUCAAUUACCUGCUCGCCCGUGCAACCCAAGGCCAGUUCCUCCUGCGCAUUGAAGACACGGAUGCGAAACGCACCAUCCCCGGCGCCGAAGAAAGACUGUACAGAGACUUGACGUGGGCAGGGCUUAAUUGGGAUGAGGGUCCUGUGGUCGGCGGUCCAUACGGGCCCUAUCGACAGUCCGAACGACUACCUCUUUAUCAACAGCACAUAAAGUCGCUUCUAUCCACGGGCCACGCCUAUCGGUGCUUCUGCACACCUGAACGACUAGACGACCUAAACCGGCGGAGGCACGAGAAGGGCCUAAGUCUGGGCUACGACCGGAAAUGUGCACACAUUUCCCAUGCCGAGUCUGAAGAGAGAGCCUCCAAGGGCGAAAAGCACACCAUUCGCUUCCGGUCGCCGGAUACAUGGCCACGGUAUAAUGACCUGGUGUACGGGAAGAGUGGACACGGUGCGGAAAAGACAAAGAAACUCCUUGUGGAUGAACCCGUCUAUGAGGACGUUAUCCUGAUCAAGUCUGACGGAUACCCUACAUACCACUGGGCCAACGUCUGCGACGACCACGACAUGCACAUCACCCACGUCGUGCGUGGAAGUGAGUGGAUGGCCAGCACACCGCUGCACGUCGCUCUUUACAAGGCCCUGGGUUGGACGGCGCCUUUGUACGCCCAUGUACCGCUGCUGGUGGAUGAGAACAAGCAGAAACUCAGCAAGCGCAACUUCGACUCGGACAUUGCGAGUUUUCGGGACAAGGGUAUCUUUCCUGAGACGUUGGUCAACUUUGCGGCGUUGCUGGGAUGGUCGCACACUCAAAAGAACGACGUCAUGGACCUCGCCCAGCUCGAGAAGCUGUUUGAUCUGAAAAUCACAAAGGGCAACACCAUCGUCUCGUUCAACAAGCUCGAGUACCUUCAGGUCCGUCAUGCGCGGCGCCGGAUCCAAUCCCGCGGCCCGAACUUUGAACAAAUGGUUCGCGACCUCGCUGUGGCCGUGCUGGAUCGUUACGGCGCUCGUAAUGUGACUGAAUUCAUCGGCACGAGACCCCUACAGGAGGUUCUGGCGUCGAUGCUCGAGAUCGAGUCGUUCAAGUACCGCUCCCCAACAGACUUUGCGGACCAACUCUCGAUUUUUUUCGAACCUGUCUCGUUGACCGCGGCGCACGCCACACCCCCCGACGUCGAUGCGUCGCUGCUGCAUUAUCUCCGUGUCGCGGCUGCGACGGUAUGUCUCGUCCCGCAAACCUCAUGGAGUGAGAGUGUCCAUCUAUCCCAGCUGAAGAGCUUGGAGAUGUCCCCUGACGAAUCUGUCGAUGCAGCCCGGUGGAAAAGAGAUCUGUAUCAUUAUCUUCGAUGGGCCUUGGCCACGGGCCCCAAGGGUCCACCUGUCGCGAAGACGCUUGAGCUUCUGGGGAGGGAGGCGUCGGCGCGUAGACUCCAAGCUGCAAAUCUGAGAGCUCAAGAACUCAUGGCCGCCUCCUCGAAGCCGAAGAUCGAAACCGAGACCUUCAAGGGCAAUGCCGACGGGAAGAGAAGGUUUGAGAAGGAGUGGACCGGGCAUAGUCUGCCUGUGUAA